AUGCCUUCAUUCGGGAAAAUCAUCACCUCACUCGCCUCCGUCGCCACCCUCGCAACGGCGCUCCCCGCUAAGACAGUAAUGCCGGCCGACAGCACACCUUUCUGUCCGGAAGUCAACAAGACGGUAAGGAUAUAUGCGAGUGCGCUAUACACAUUAUUCCCGAACUCUCCGGAUCUCGUAACACCACCGGUGACCGAUUUCCACGUGCAAUACCACAACGAGACACGCUUAAAUAUCAAACAAGCGGCGGCAUUCGGCAAGUUUCCCAAGGAAGCGACGGGAUGUGCAUUCGGAUGGGCGCAGGACGAUGCGGAUAAAGGUGUCUUGGUAGCUGGUGGCGAUGGUCUGCUGACCGCCCGUCAACUCUCCGGGUUCCCCGAGAAUGCGACCGCGGGUGUGUCGGCUGCUGCUGUGGGUCCGUUUGACACCGCUGGUUCCGAGUGGGAGUUCCAUACGGAGUUCACGGGAUGGGAUCGAGAGGUCAAGGGGACGUAUCACUCCUCGGGUCCGGGUAAAAUUAAUUGCACGGAUAAUAUCUACAUUAUACUCGAGAAAGCAUCCACUACAAAUGGGAAUAUCUUCUUGAAGAGAAGCGAGAACGCAGGAUUGUUUAUCGAGUAUAGAUUCACGAUACUAGAUCAUUUCAAUGCAGUUCUUCAUCAACCAAAACUCAUCGCUGAUCUCCAUCACCAUCAUAAUUGCCACAUUAUUUCAUCCGAUAUCAUUCACAUGUGUCAACUAAGGCGCGUCUACUACGGAUGCGGCCACGAAGAUCUCGAUGUGACGCCGCCACGGGCCCUAAUCUACUGCAAUGCAGCUCAACCGCGGAAACGUGGUAGCAUCGGUGGCCUCAAGGGCUUUAUGAAGCCAUGUGCACUGGUCGGGGACCUCUCACUCACGGAAGAUCGCGGGCUCGCGAUCCAGCGGCCCGGACUUUGUGAAGCGUGUGCUGCCGAAGCAAAUUCGAGUGAUAAUUGGCUUGACAGCCGCGACGGUAUAUUCGGUUCUAACUAUCAACUGGUAAGACCACCCACGCCGCCGGCUAAACCACCGCGUCAUCGCGGCAGCACCCUCACCUCGGAUAGGGUUUCCCAGGAUAGCGCGAAUCAACUACAGCGUGAUGCUGUUAAAUUCCCCUGGAAUUGGACUGAGGAAGAUCCCCCUGAAUUGUGGGUCACGGCUACCGAGCCGAAAAGGGGUAGCGAGGACUCUUCCGAGUCAAUCAACGGAGUCGAUCAUUCGCAUACAAUAACGAACGAUCCGCCAGUGACGAUUCAAUGGGACUUCCAGCUCUAUGAAAGUGGCGAUGAAUUUGGAGAUCUGGAGCUCAAGGAUAUUAGUAAUAAGGAUAGAAACGGGUCGUCGGCAUGA